UUCUGUUUAUGAGAACAAUCUAUUACAAGAGGAGCUAAACUACCCAAGAGAAUAAUUGCGAGGGCAACAUGACCAGUGGAUUACACAGUUGACGGAUGAGCAAAGGUCAGUUUAUGAUGCAAUUUUAGGAUCGGUUAUGAGUGGUAAAGGUGGAGUCUUUUUUGUCUACGGGUUUGGAGGAACGGGAAAAACAUUUUUAUGGAAUAUUUUUUCAGCUGCAAUAAGAUCAAAGAGUGAUGUUGUUCUUAAUGUUGCAUCUAGCGGUAUUUCUUCUUUAUUGCUUCCAGGUGGGAGGACCGCUCAUUCAAGUUUUGUUAUUCCUAUAAGUCCAGAUGAGUUCUCCACUUGCAAUAUAGAACCUGGAAGCCAUAAGGCCGAAUUGGUUGCGAAGGCUUCAAUGAUUAUUUGGGAUGAAUCCCCUAUGAUGAGCAAACAUUGCUUUGAGGCCUUGGAUCGUACUUUAUGUGACAUUAUGAAGACUACUGAUGGAAGGCCAUUUGGUGGCAAAGUAGUUGUUUUUGGUGGCGAUUUACGGCAAAUACUACCAGUUAUUCCAAGGGGAAACCGAGCUGAUAUUGUCAUGGCGGCGCUAAACUCUUCUUAUCUAUGGAAGCAUUGCAAAGUGUUACAGCUGACAAAGAAUAUGAGGCUCUUUUCAGAAACAGAUCCUCGAGAAGCUGAGGAGAUUAAAAAAAUUUCCGACUGGAUUUUGGAUGUAGGUGACGGAAAGAUUUAUGAGCCAAACAGUGGAGAAACUAUGAUUGAUAUUCCUAAAGAUCUGCUGGUUAUGAAGUGCACUGAUCCUGUUGAAGCUAUCAUCUCUGAAGUAUAUGGCAACACUUUCAAAAAUUCUAAGGAUCCAUUAUUUUUCCAGGAAAGAGCAAUAUUGAGUCCUACAAACGAAGAUGUUGAUGUUAUUAACAACUAUAUGCUUAAUCGUCUAGCAGGUAAUUUUUUAAACGUUGCAGUCUAUUAAACG